GUACACCUACACACACCUGUGUGAAGCCACUCCUUUCCCAGGACACCUGAGAGAUGUUUGAGGACGUUGAGUUGGGAAAAUGCUCCGAAAGCCCAAAACAACUUUAAUAUUCCAUAGUUGUUUUUGACAUUUGACUCUGCUUGUUUGGCAGGAUUACAGAGAUUAAGGAUUUUUGUUUGUUUGGGUUUUUUUGGUGGUGUGUAUUUACAUUACUUUACUUAAAAAUUCUAAACACAGCAGCAGCUGAUACAGAGACGGAUUUUGAUACUUUUUGUGACCCACAUAUCAGAGGAAGAUGUGGCCUGUGCACUUCAUCAUCCUCCUGCUGUUUUGCUAUGCGUGUCUUUCAACUGGAAAUGGGAAAGUGUAUUUUGUCUCCAAGAACUUUAACAACGUGCUCCACUGGGAGCCGAUGAAACCUGCCUCCACAGGUGAAAAGUUGUUCUACAGUGUCCAGUACUGGAGUGAUGCUGGAGAGCAGUUCCUGACAAAAGAGGAGUGUCAGAACAUUACUGCUCUGACCUGUGACCUGACAGCGGAAACCCCAUCGAUUCACGACGUUCAUUACCAUGCUCAGGUGUAUGUUAACGGUCGUCUGCUUGGUCGCACCGUCACCAGGUUUAAACCUAUAGCAGACACUAUACUUGGUGCACCCAUGUUUUCUACACACACAACAGUGUCAUCCCUGUUUCUUAAUGUCACCCUGCCCUUGGGGCCAUUUGGAGUCUCCGUUGGAGACAUCAUCAGCAACAGUAAAAAUGGGCCCUCCAAAGCUGUAAUUGUUUACAUCUUAAAAAUCACUGAGCCAAAGUGGGCGACACUGGUCAAUGAAACCACAACUGGACGUUUUGUCAUCAACUUGAAGAACAACCAAACAAAGUACUGCGGCCAUGUAGUCUACAGGCCGUUUUCAGAGUGGGGCCGCCCAGUGAGUGAGAACACCUCCUUCUGUGUCACAUUAUUGCCAGGUAGUCCCUGGAUGCCUUUACCAUGGCUUUUCAUGAGCGCUGCUCUUCUGGUGGCCAUAGUCACAAUGUCAGUUGUGUGGACGUGCAACUAUGUGAAGGGUGGAAAGCACACGGACAUGCCACAAUCAUUGGUAACUACUUCUGGCACCCCGAGUAGAGCACUGCAAUCUCCAGACAGCUGUAUCAUCAUUUCCACACCGGUGGUCAGCACUCCAAGAGAUCAAACAGUGUACGCCACAAUUCAGAUGAAGCCAAAUGUGCCUUCAGACAGGGUUGGAGGUUAUUCACCCCAGGACAUCAUCUGCCAAGCCUGGCAGGGCAGCACUGGGUCCUCUGAGGGCACUGUUGCCCGCAGUCCAACCCCAAAUCCCUUGGAUGUGAGCGCCCAGUCCUCUGAAAUCUACAGUGCAGUGGCUGUUCAUGUACCUGCUGAUGAGAAUGAAGAUUUUCAGCAGGCUAGCACUGAAGAUAGAGAAACCAGUGACCUACCAUUGCCUCCCGGUGCAAAACUCUGGGAUAAAUGUGGAAACACUCCAAAGUUGAUGUCACACGGAUUACCAGCAUUACGUGACGUGGAUGCUUGUGAGAGCAAUCCAGCCAGGCCUCUGCACGUGCACACAGUACGUGAUACCAAAGGACAGCUUGUUUUGCCUUUGUUCACUCUCAAGUCAACAGCAUCACCUCUUAACCCAGAGAGAAAACCUCUUUUAUCGGACCUCAUGCACUUUAAAAAGGAGGCACUAUCCUUAGCAUCAUCGCAGAGCUUCGACAGCUCUGAGUGGUCAGACUCUGGGUGUGAUGAUUGCACAGUGAACACACCAACCCAGUCAUACUGCAGCACUCAUUACUCACCAACACAGCCAGCUGCUCCCGGUUUUCACCUGCAAUGUCAGAACACACCAUCUUGUGAAUCGGGUUACAAACAAAACUGGAUGCCCGCAAUCCUUCUCGGUGCUGCAUCCGAAGACAGUUGUGAAUACAGAAGGACAAACUACCAUUGGAAUGGUCCCAAAGAGGAGGAGGAAGGUGAAGGAGAUAUGGACAGAGGAGGGGAGAGAUCAAGGCCAAUGGUUUUGGGCAGUUGGAUGGUACAAAUUCAAGAGUAGAUUUCCACUCAUGCCUUUUCUUAUCUGGGUCGACAAAUAUCUUUGAAACAUUUUCAUUGCAGUAGCCUAUUUAACAAAAGAGGGACGAGACAGUUGAUGGGACUACAGAACUCAGCAGAUUAAUCGUUUCCCCGUUCACAAUAGUUCACAAUAUCCUCUUCUCAUGCUGAGAAUUUAGUGAUGGUCAGAAAAGUGUUUUUGCGGGACACUGUGUCAAAGUGAGGUCAACCUUUGACCUUUUGAAUAUAAAAUGUAAUGCCUUCAGGCGGCCGUGACAUAUCGAGAACAGACGGACGGCCAAUGUGAAAAAUAAUUGUUCUGGCAGAAGCAUAAAAAGUACAAUAAACAACAGCCCAAACUCUUCAAAUAUAGUCAGCAUGUGCAUGUCUGCCAUCACUAUGACGACACAUUACUGCAACUUAUUACACUCCCUAAAUACACAAACCCAGUCUGGUCACUUUGAAAUUACAAUGUGCACAAUCAGACUGAGAUUAGAUAGGAAAACAAAUCUGUUCCCUGUGUAGCUGUCCAAAGCGUUAGACACGGUCCAACUCCCAUCGUCACAUUUUGAGCUGUUUGAAAUAGGAUUAUUGACUGAAUAUCUAUUAAAAAUGAAAAUAUUCCUAUUUUUACACUCACCAACACAUGUCAGUAUUAUCAAUGAUGUAGGAAAUACAUCAAAAUGAUUGCAUCUGUACAUAAAAAAAGGAUUGUAACAUAUAAUUAUAUGUAUAUUUUGUUCAUGAACUCAUUGUUUGCGGUUCUUUCAUGGUAGGAAAACGACAUUGUAUAAAAAUAUAUUAUAAAGUUGGGGUCAGUUGGUGCAGCCUAGGCCACCCUGAUAACACCUCGGUUUUCAAAUAAUGCAAACACAAUCCCUUAUACACAACUGUAAAGUAAUAAUGUCAGGUGUGUGAUGUGAAUCACAUUACAUUGUGUCUUUACCUCUGUCUGCUGAAUGAAUGGAACUGACUGAAUGCAAUAUAAAGUUCUACCUUUGUUUUGUUGUGUAUUUAUACAGUUUUAACUUUUCACAUUACUAAAUGUUUAUGUUGGAAGGUUGACUUGCAUUCCAAGAUAUUAAACACUCCAAAAAUGCCAUUAAAUUGCAUUUAAUAAGCUGA